AUGCUCGACAAUCUUCUCGCACUCGGCGAUCGCAUCGUCGCCCGCGCCAAGCCGGGUGAACAGGUCGAAGCCAUUGUGGUGAACGACACUGACACUGAAAUCCGGGUCUUCGAAGGCGAAAUCGAGUCCUUCACAUCGGCGACGUCGCAAGGCAUUGGUAUUCGGAUCAUCAGCGACCAGCGCCAAGGAUUCGCUUGGGCCGGUUCGCUCGACGAGGACGUUAUCGAAUCCACGCUCAGCGAAGCUCGCGACAACGCAACGUUCGGUUCCAUCGAUCCAGACCUCGACCUGGCCGAACCCGACGGUGUUGAACAACCCGAGCUCGAUCUGUACGACGAGCGCGUCAACGAGUUCGCCACCGACGACAAGAUCGCGCUCGCACUCGAACUCGAAGCGAUCACCAAGGAGCGCGACCCUCGAGUCAUGCUCGUCGAGUCCGUCGACUUCGCGGAUUCGGUGUCACAAGGCGCUGUCGUCACCACCAAGGGCAUCCGCGUCGGCGGCCAAGACAGCGGCUCCUAUGUCACCGCAACGGUGAUCGCUGGCGGCGACGACGAGACCCAGGUUGGUUUUGGCUACUCGGUCAAUCGCGAUCCUGGUCAGCUGGAUCUCGAUCGAGCAUCGUCGAUGGCAGUGGAACGAUCCACUCGCUUACUCGGAGCCACGAAACCAUCUACCGAACGCUUGACCGUGGUGCUCGAUCCAAUGGUCACCGCCCAGUUCUUGGGCAUCAUUGGUUCCACGAUGUCGGGUGAGUCUGUGCUCAAGGGGCGCUCGCUCUUUGCCGAUCGCCUUGGCGACCACGUUGCGGCGGCCAGCAUCACCCUGGUCGAUGACCCAACGAACCCCUUGGCGUUCACCGCGACCGAGGCCGACGGCGAAGGUCUCGCCACCCGACGCAACGUGCUAAUCCACAACGGGGAACUACAGAAGUUCGUGCACAACAGCUACACCGGGCGCCGCCUGAAUGCUGCCUCAACAGGCAACGCCGUGCGAGGUUUCACCUCCACGCCAAGCGUGGGCACCAUCGCUCUAUCGUUGGUCCCCGGCGAGCGAGGCCAAGCCGACAUCAUCGCCGGGAUCGACAAUGGCGUACUCAUCCAGGGAGUCUCCGGCCUCCACUCUGGUGUUAAUCCGGUCAGCGGUGACUUUUCGACCGGUGCUGACGGCCUACGCAUCCGCAACGGCGAGCUCGCUGAACCGCUCCGAGAGUUCACCAUUGGAUCGACCCUCCAGCGCAUGCUGCUCGACGUUGUCGAGGUCGGCGGUGACAUCGAAUGGCUGCCGAGCAGCGCGGCGGGCUUGUCUCUUGCGGUCGCCGACAUCACGUUGAGCGGCGCAUAG